CAAAAUAUGGAGUAUUUUUUUAUUAGGAUUAUAUACUUUUAUUUAAAAAAAGUUUUUUUUUUGCCUUUUUUCGUCAUUCACCGUUCGCCCUGCUUGAAUGCUGGCUGCUGCGAAAGGGAAACCAAACACGAUCAUCGUCUUCCGCCCGACCGGCGACGACGAUUCAACGACGACCAGCGCGGAAUCUCCGGCACACCGACGAACACCGAGAUUUGGCUCCAGCACUCCCCCAACGACCAGCGGGGUAUCGCCGCCGUUUGAUUCAGCUUCCUUCAAGCCGGCAAUUCAAGGAUCUGGCCAUAUCAAUAGUGGACAAAGGAAAUGACCGAGUGGCAUGCCAGUGAUCAGCAGAAUGCGGCAGAUCCUCAGAUACAAUCACCUCUGCCGAAAGAUGAUAUGAUCGCCUGUGUUUCUGCUCUAGAAGCUGCAUUGCUUCCUUGCCUACCUGCCAGAGAGCUCCAAGCAAUUGACCGUUCUGCUCAUCCUUAUCACCAGAUUGAUGUAGAGAGGCAUGCUAGAGAUUUUAUGGAUGCGGCAAAAAAGCUUCAACUUUUCUUUAUUGGAUUGCAACGCGAGGAUCAACCAAGUAGAGCAAGUACUCUCAGAAAGGAGAUCGCGAACAUGGAAGAAGAGUUGAAGACGAAAACCGAACUCAUACGGAAGCAAGAGAAGCUGAUACAAGAAUGGAGGGAGCAAUUGGGUGACCAAUUGAAUAAACACAUCACAGAGUUGGAGAGGGUUUAGUUGGAGAUGUUAAAAGGAAAUGAAGUGAAGAGUUUUUAUGUUUGUGUCCAAAUGUUAGUGCAUCUCUAAAACAUACUCAAAGCAAUUAUAGUCUCCUAUUCACUUCCAUGAUCCCAUAUAAAUAUGGACAUAUGGUAUCAAAUACUCCCUAUGUAAUUUAGUACCUUGUAUUAAAAUUACAUGUUUAAUGUAGUUUGAAGCAAAACAAUUUGAACUAUGAGUAAUACUACUCUAAUCCCAAAAUCUCAAAGCAUUUGUUCAAUUUUAUCUUUUUAUGUCAAAUUGGGUAAACUAUGAUUAUCAAUUUAAUAUAAAUUGCAUUGCUUGUU